CCUUCGCUUUAAAUUAUAGAACUGCAAGAUGAAUGUUUUUUGUAAAAGAACAGCGGUUGGACGAUCUCUUAUAAAUGCAUGCUUCAAAAGAGCGUUUUAUCUGUAUUCACCCGAACCUUUCCAUCCGUUAUACGACAGAGUUCCGGAGUAUAAAACUGCCGAGGAGGCAGUCCAAGUGAUACAGUCGGACAGUCGUGUGUACAUCCAUGGUGCUGCAGCAACCCCAGUCAAACUCGUGGAGGCAAUGACAGAACACGGGAAGAAGGCGGGGCUCAGAAAUGUGGAAAUCAUGCAUAUUCAUACAGAGGGGCCUGGCACCUACAAUAAUCCGGAAUAUGAAGGAAUCUUCAGAUCAAACUCCCUGUUUCUUGGAGCUAAUGCCAGAAAAGCAGUCAAUGAGGGAAGGGCAGAUACCAUUCCUAUCUUCCUGUGUGAAAUUCCUCACUUGUUCAGGCGCCGCAUCAUUGAUAUUGAUGUGGCACUUGUUACAGUGGCGCCACCUGAUAAACAUGGAUUCUGUUCACUGGGUACCAGUGUAGACUGUACCAGAUCAGCCAUACAGAAUGCAAGAUACAUUAUAGCUAUGGUUAAUGAACAUAUGCCCCGAACAUUUGGAGAUGGUGUGAUUCACGAGUCUCACAUAGAUGCCAUGGUUGAGCACAGCGAACCACUUAAUGAACUUAGGCGAGGAGCAUUGACGGAGGAGGAAAAGAAAAUCGGCAAACUGAUUGCAGAAAACUUAGUGGUAGACGGGGCAACGUUACAAAUGGGUAUUGGAGCCAUUCCAGAUGCAGUAUUAUCACAACUGGGUCAUCAUAAAAAUCUGGGGGUCCAUUCUGAGAUGUUCAGUGAUGGUGUGGUAGAGCUUGUGGAGAGGGGGGUCAUCACAAACUCCGAGAAGUCCAUUCUGACUGGUCGAUUGGUCAGCAGCUUCUCCAUUGGUACCAAAAUACUCUACAACUUCCUUGAUAACAAUCCCUCUGUAGAAAUGAGAGAUGUGGAAUUCACCAACAAUGUGGCCAUAAUUUGUCAGAAUCCUCGAAUGACUGCCAUUAAUUCAUGUAUUGAGGUUGACCUCACUGGUCAAGUGUGUGCGGACUCUAUAGGAGAAAGACUCUACUCAGGGUUUGGAGGUCAGAUAGAUUUUAUACGUGGUGCUGCUAUUAGUUUAGAUGGCGAGGGAAAAGCCAUCAUUGCAAUGCCUUCAGCCACCAAGAGAGGCGAGAGUAAACUGGUGCCCAUACUAAAGAGUGGGUCUGGUGUUGUAACGACCCGAGCUCAUGUUCACUACAUCGUCACGGAGUAUGGUAUUGCGUACUUGUUUGGAAAGAACCUCCGUCAGCGAGCUUACGCAUUAAUUAACAUAGCCCACCCCGAUCACAGGGAGUGGUUAGAAAGAGAGUCAUUCAACAGACUGAAGUGUAUGCCCUCGCCUUAAAGUAACAACCUGUCCAAUAGACCUUCAUAGCUUCAAAAUUCCCAUCAUUUAUGUCAGAUAGCCCAUGUCAAUAAAUUUAUGGCAACUUUCAGUUUCUAUAUUUAAACUUUAGUACUGAUGGUUGUUUUCAAAAAAAGAUUUCAGUAACUUUUGAUCUUUUUAUUGUUUCAAAUGUUCAACAAUUUAGAGAAUGUUUUAAUUAUAAAUGAAGGAUGAUGUUUCUUUUUCAUGUUUUUGUAAAUGCCAAUACAUUUAAUGAAUUACUGCUGAAUAUGCAGUUAAUGUUGCAUAAUCAAAAAUCAUGUAACUAUGUACCUUUAUUCAGUGAAUGAGUAGAGGAUUGCAGUAAACAAGCUAGAUUUAUUGUUUGGAUAUUUAAUAUGAUUUGUUUAUUGGUGCCAUGGAAACGUUUAAUUGCAGGACAGUUAAACUAUAUUGUACGUUUCAACUUGUUUAAGUUAUGAUAAGUAUAAGAAGUACAUGUAUUUAGUAUAUUCUGGUUUAUUGUUAUAAAAUCAGAAUACUUUUAACCUGAACAUUUUUAACUGAGUAAAAAAAAAUCUAUAUAUUGUACCUUGGACUUUUAUUAUGGGAUAUUUUAUGACUUGCCUAAGUUUUUAAUUAUAUAAUAGUUAUUGCUUGGCAUUUGCUUUUGUUUAUUUAUUGUGUACUUUUGCAUAGUACUGUAUAUUGACAUACAUGUACAUAUGUAUCACAGGCACUUGUUUCGGUAAUAAAUUUUUAACCCAUAGUAUAAUAAUAACACAAGGUAUCUAACUCUGAAUUACACGGAGUACCCCCCUCCCCCAGAAUCGCACUCAUUUACACUUUCAGAGGAAAUACACUGACAAACUGUUUAUACCUAUGUUUUCUACGAUAAUUUAUCUACACAACCAUAUAUGGCAUGCUUGUCUUUAUUUUCUUUAGUCUCCGUAAACAGCGUCAA